UAGGGAGAGAGAUUAGUGAUGAAGGCUACAGGAAAGAAGAAACAAAUAUUUAGGUGAAGUUAAAAAAAAAAAACAGUUUGCAUCGGACAACUUAGUUUAGCAUUCAACACGUGUCGUGAGGAAGUAAUGAGGACCCAGAGAGGUGGAUGGGAGAGAGAGGGAGGUAGAGAGACGUUGCUAGGUGACGGAGCGUACAUACUGAAUUUUAACAAAAUAACGGGAGAGGAGAGAGUGAGUGAGAGGGACAGAGAGGUAGCAGUCAGCAACAUGUAGCCUCGCCGAGUGGAGGAAAGGUCGAAACUGUGUGUGCGCGAUUCUUUGCUCUUUUCUUUUUUGUCGGGAGGGGUGAUAUGUUUCGCUUUCAUCCCGAGGACAUUAUCCCGCAACAUUAGAAUCGAUCAGGCUCUAUGCCGCAGGAAAUGUCCAGCGGAGGGAUGGACGGAUGGAUUGUGGUGCACGGAGAGAAGACGCGGAGAGCAAAAAGAGAAGAAAAAGAGUGCGGGGCUCCUGAAAACAGGUCUCUUCUCCUCAUCAGGUGAAGCACUGUGAACCGCCGACCCCCUCACCACCCUCCCUCCUCUCCUCCUCCCCUCUUUCCCUAGAGGCACCACCCACUACCCUUAAAUCCCCAAACCCCACCUGCCAACACCUGCCAAACUCCCUCCGACAGCUGCAACUGGCCCCCCUUUUACCCCAUGGUGGCCCCAAGGCCCGCCCUCUCACUGCUAUUGGCUGUCCUGGCCUGUACGGGGCCCGCACGCCCCUCGCCCCCCCUGCUUCUCCGGCCCCGGGAGAGAGAGAGGGACUCAGGUGGUGUCAACAUCGCCGUGGUCCACUCGGGCUCCUCCCUGCUCCCGGAGACCGCGGUGGUGGGAGGCGCGGGGUCGGGGAGCCGGGGCCCGGUCUGGGAAACGGUCCGGGAGGAGGGGAGGAGGGGGAGGAGGGGAGGAAGGGGAGUAACAGAGACAGCUUCAUUAGCUGAAGUGGCCGAGAUGGCUUCGUUUUCCUCCUCGUCACACCUGUCACUGGCCGCGCUCGUGGGGGAGACGGUGAUGACGCCCUCGGGUCAGGCCAACGUCAUCUACCUGGCUGUGAAUGAGAGCAGUCCCGGGACCCUGCUGCUGCAGCUGUGUGAGCUGCUGGCCACAACGCCACUGCAGGGUUUAGUGUUUGAGGAAGAGAGACCGCCACCGCCGAACCGCGCCCCUCUGGCCCCGAUGCUGGAGUUCGUCUCUGCCCAGACGGGGGUUCCCGUUGUUGCCGUUGGGGGAGGAGCCAGUCUGGGAAGAGAGCCACAGGAGAGCGGUUCCAUCUACCUCCAGUUCACCUGCUCCACAUUGCUUCAGCUUGAGGUCAUCUUCGAGGUGCUUGAAGAGUAUGACUGGACCUCCUUCUCCGUUGUGACCACCCGUCACCAUGGCUACGAGGACUUCCUGGCCAUGGUGGAGGGUAUGACCGAUGGCUCUUUCAUUGGUUGGGAAAGGAAGAGUGUGGUGAUUCUUAAUGUAACGGACGACCCCGGUGGGGCACGGACGAAACGACUGCUCAAGGACAAUGAAGCCCAGGUCCGCCUUCUGUACUGCUCCCUGGAAGAGGCAGAGCUCAUUUUCCGGGCAGCUUGGGCAGCGGGUCAGGCCGGGCCCAGCCAUAUGUGGUUUGCUGUGGGACCAGCCCUAUCCGGGUUGGGUCGAGGGCUUCCAAAGGCUUUGUUUGCUAUCCGGCCGCAGGGAUGGAGGGAUGAGCCACGCAGGCGUAUUGCCAAAGGUGUUUCUGUCCUCACCCAUGGGGCAAUGGCUCUGCGGAAGGACCAGGGAGCCACCAGCCGAGCGCAGUACGCUGGCAACUGUCAGAGCGACGGCAACCAGACCCAUCGAGUGCCAGACAGAAUCAAGUACUUCACCAAUAUAUCCAUAGGUGGACGGGACUAUUCUUUCAACAGUGACGGCUACUUAUCCAAACCGCUGCUUGAUGUUAUCUCCUAUUCCAACGGGAGAGGCUGGGAGGAGGUUGGCUGGUGGGAGAACGGACACCUGCGACUACGGUAUCACCCCUGGUCUCGCUAUGGCUCUUUCUUGAAGCCCCUGGAUGACUCCCAACAUCUUCGAGUGGUCACAUUGGAGGAGAGGCCUUUUGUCAUAGUGGAACCUGCUGACCCAGGCACUGGCUCCUGCAUCCGGGACUCUGUACCCUGCCGCAUGCCCGUUAACUCCAGUCUGGUGGUGGAUGGUGUUAGACCCAUGAAGCACUGCUGUAAAGGGUUCUGCAUCGAUGUCCUAAAGCGCCUCGCAAAGAUUGUAGGCUUCACCUAUGACCUUUACCUGGUGACAAAUGGGAGGCAUGGGAAAAACAUUGAUGGGGAGUGGAACGGCAUGGUAGGAGAGGUGGUGUCCAACAGGGCAGACAUGGCCAUCGGCUCACUCACCAUUAAUGAAGAGAGAUCAGAGGUUGUUGAGUUUUCGGUUCCAUUUGUGGAGACUGGCAUCAGUGUCAUGGUUUCGCGCAGUAACGGCACAGUAUCACCUUCUGCUUUCCUUGAGCCCUACAGCCCAGCGGUGUGGGUGAUGAUGUUUGUGAUGUGCCUGUCGGUCGUGGCUGUCACCGUCUUCAUCUUUGAGUUCUUCAGCCCCGUGGGAUACAACCGCAGCCUGCAGAGUGCUAAGAAGUCAGGGGGAUCUAAGUUCACCAUAGGGAAAUCUGUCUGGCUGCUCUGGGCUCUGGUCUUCAAUAACUCUGUGCCUGUGGAGAAUCCCAGAGGAACCACCAGCAAGAUCAUGGUGCUGGUGUGGGCCUUUUUCGCUGUCAUCUUCCUGGCCUCCUACACUGCCAACCUGGCUGCCUUCAUGAUCCAGGAGGAGUAUAUCGACACGGUGUCAGGGCUGUCAGAUAAGAAGUUUCAGCAGCCGACAGAGCAGUACCCACCACUGCGUUUCGGCACGGUGCCAAAUGGCAGCACUGAGGAGAACAUCCGCUCCAACUAUCCCAACAUGCACCAGUAUAUGAUUCGCAACAACCAGAAGGGUGUAGAGGAAGCCAUUGACAACCUCAAGACUGGAAAACUAGAUGCCUUCAUUUAUGAUGCUGCAGUGUUGAACUACAUGGCCAGGAAGGACGAGGGCUGCAAGGUUAUGACCAUCGGCUCUGGUAAGGUGUUUGCCACUACGGGUUACGGUAUUGCACUGCACAAGAAUUCCCGCUGGAAACGCCCACUGGACCUGGCUCUGCUGCAGUUAGUUGGAGAUGACGUAAAAGAUGAGAUUGAUAUGUUGGAGCGUCUCUGGUUGUCGGGCAUCUGCCACAAUGAUAAGAUUGAGGUGAUGAGCAGUAAACUGGACAUUGACAACAUGGCGGGGGUCUUUUAUAUGCUGCUGGUGGCAAUGGGCCUCAGCCUCUUGGUGUUUGCCUGGGAGCAUCUGGUGUAUUGGAAAUUACGGCACUGUGUUAAACGAUCGGGUGGGAUGGACUUCCUCCUGGCUCUCAGCAGGGGGAUGUACAGUUGCUGCCAGUUUGAGGAUGAGACAACACCGGGAGGGAGCAAAAGCUCUUUGCCCCAGUAUCACACCGUGACCAACAUGCCUAGUGCACCCCAACAACACCUUGUUACAGCCACAGUAAACAACACAACUGCCAUUGCCAUGGUGCAGCAGCAACAGCCGCAGAAGCACCACCAACAGCAACCGGGGCAGACCUAUACCACUAUGUUACCUGGGUCUCCGCCAACUGCCGGACACUCAGCAAUGGCUCUUGGUCCCUCAACUAGCCCCUUACUAGAGGGCCCCAUGCCUUGCUCCACUUUCUUGCCUCGACAUGACCGCAGACUGGCUGUGGUUGAUCGCUGGAACAGGCCAAAGCCAGAAAAGGUUGUGAGCACAGGCAGUUCUGGAGGAGUUGGUGUUGGAGGGAUAGCUGGUGGGAUCACUGAACUACAGGCCCAGCAGCAGUAUCAACAGAACCUUGGGCAGCACUGGAGCCUGCAAGGAGGAAUUGCAGGUGGAGCAGGGGGAGUAGGUGAUACAGGACUAGAUGAAUAUAAGCGCUACUAUGGUCCUAUUGAUCCAGAGGGGCUAGGAUCUAACUCAGACCAACAGGCAGGGGGCCCCCAGCAGACUCCCAAAGCCAAUUCUCGAGGCCCCAAGGCCUCAGGUAUGCCAAGGCUACCUCCUAAAGGCUCCCAACAAGGCCCGGGGCACCUAAUCUCCAAGCCUCCUCCACCAAUCCCAUCUUCUCCACGAAGGCCUCCCUUCUGGCGACGAGGCAGCUUAGCUCAGACAAGGAGAAAAGGCUCAGGAGGUCCCCUGUAUGAGAACAUCCUCCCUCUGGGGAGGCGAGGAGGUGGGCGAUAUGGAGCAAGUGAUGGAGGUGGAAGAAGAGGACGUCGUCCCCCUCCACCUCCUCCUCUUCCUGCCCCUCUUUCUUCUCCAACACACACCCCUACCACUCCCUCGUCCCCAUGCCGUUUCUACUCGUCUUGUUCCAGUGCCUCGUCUUCUUCCUCUUCUUCCACAUCAUCCUCAUCCUCUUCUUCAUCCUCAGUGUCACUUUCCCGUUCAAACUCACCUUCUUCUUGCUCAAGUGACAGCUCCUACAACUCCUCGCUUAGUUUUCGGUAUCGAGCAGGUGAUCGGGAUUUUAUCGUAGAUGACGAAUAUGACUCGGAUCUCCUUACAGAGGAGUCCAGCCUCCUUCUUGGGAGGAGGAAAAUUCGAUCACGCCGAAUGUCAUCGCGCUCACUGCCGUGCAGCCCGCCACCUCCACCAGUACCACCACGCAAACCACGGCCCCAAAGAGAUUAUGGCAGAGAGAGGACCGGCAGCCAACUGGCCCAGUUACAGGAGUGGUGGGCAUCAUGGGGUGACAGAGACCGAGGGAGGAGUGGAGCAACAAGUCGAGGAGAAGGAGGAGUGGGUAGAGAGGAGAAGAGACACCACAAAGAGAGGGAGCGUGAAAAAAAGAGAAGGAAGAAAGGUCGAAAGAAGAAGAAGAGGGAGGAGAGAGAGAGAGAAAGGGAGCGAAAGCGGCGCAAAGCAAAGAAAAAGAGGAAGAAAGAUGAUAAGAUGAGGAAGAGAGAUCGGAAAAGGUCAGAGCAGGAAGGAGGGGAUCCUGAAAAAAGAGAGGAACUCAAAUCAGGAACACCAGACUUCCCAUCUUACCCAGCACUGAGGCGAGAGUCCUUUCGGAAAAAAAGUGAGAGCUCAGUGAGAAGUUACGGAUGGAACAUCCCAGGUGAAGAUGAGCGAAAAGAAAGAGAAGAGAAAACCAGGGAUGAUGGGGAAGACAGCAGAGGAAAGGAAAGACACCACCGGCGAAGAAACAGCAAGCACUAUCACAGCUCGAGCAGCAAGCCUUCUACAUCAGUCAAGUUCUGGGGAGGGGGCAACCCAUCCUCUGAUGCCAUUCCAUCUGCCUUCCUGCCCUUGUUGCCUGUCUCUUCUAAAAGGAGGAAGAGUAAAAGUUCAGACAGGGAUGCUCUAGGAGUAGAAGGAGAGAGGAGGCCGUUGUUGGGACGGAAUGAAAGAGCGGAGGUGCACUCCAAGGAGGGGCUGUCCUUCCAUGAGUGGGAAUCUGAAGUGGAUGAUGAAGAAGAAGAUUCGGAGCGCGACAGGAGGAAAGCAGAGCAUGUGAAGAGGCGUGGAGGAGGAAGGACAAUUUCUGAUGAUGAGCGUGAACGUGAUAAGGUAGUCGGGAUAUAUUCUGAUGAUGACGGUUCUUCUGGGGAGUUUGGGAAAUUCGAGAGGUACUGGGAAGAUCAUGAAGGUAGAGCAGUGGGAGGGAUUGGAGGGGGAGGUUGGUUUUUCAGUACCUAUCCUUCCCGGGAAAAAGCUGGCAGCAUCAACAGCAGAGAUGACCUGUUCCUGGAGCGAGGAGAGAGGUGGGGAACAGCGGAGAGUGGCUGGGGAUCAGGUGGAGGUGGAGGUGGGGGAGGAGAGCGAGCAGAGCGAGGGUGGGGAUCAGGUUCGCACUGGCCCCCACCUCCUCUCACACCACCUCCUCCUCGACGAUACUGGUCAGUGGAUAAGCUCCACAUACAGGAUGAGAAGAGGAGUAAGCGCAAGUCAAAGGAUAAGGGAAGAGGGCACGCUGCUUGUUCCUCCUGUCACUCCCCGAGACACCACCCACACUCCCAUUCCUCCAAAUGGGCUCGCGUAACUUCACGAAGCCAGGAAGAGCUUUACCACCACUGCCAGAGUUUUAGUGGCCCCAUGAAGCCGAAACAUGACUCUUCAUCUUCGUCCAAACCCGAUCGGUCACAGAAUCCAUCAAAAUCUGGCAGCCAGUCAAACCUCAGUAUCCAGCAGCGCACACAGAGAACAGAUAGGGAUCGAGAUCGAGGAAGACAGGCUUCCCCUCCUCCAGCACUUAUCCCUAACUUGCCGCCUCCGCUCCCUGCCCUUCCAGCUCCACCAUCCUCAUCUCAUUCUAUACAUGUUCCUCCACCUACUCCUUCCUCUUCUGUAUCUUCUCCUUCUGUGGUCUCAUCAACACCAGGGGCACCCCAAGCCUCGUCCAUGGCUUCGGCAAGUGCCAAACUGCAGUACCAGAGAUUGCGCUCUGUACCCCAGCCCCAGAGAUUUCCUCAGUCCCCUCAUUUACCCCUCAAAACCAAGAGCCUUUGCUCCCGAAGGGGCUCUGCCCAUUUCUCCAGCGUGGAGAGUGAGGUCUGAAGUUUAACAAGGUAUCAAAAGUCAUAAGAGAGAGCCCUUCGAGGCUAAAGCGGUUGAACUGGAUUUGAAUCUGCCCAGCAGCGAACAUGCUGCCAAGCCAAGUCAGUACAGCGUACGCACUGAGCCCUUUCCUAAAGUUCUGCACAAAUAAACAAACCAGAAAGCCAAACAAACCCAAUGGGGUAGGUCUAAGGAAAACAUGAGCAAUCUCUUGUUACUUCCUUUUAUUCCUCUCAGUAUGUGAAAGACUACAACCACAGCAACAACUUGCAUUCUAAAGUAAGUUAACCAAGACACCGAAAGCAAAUCAAACAUCAAAAGUGUUACAAACGAAAGAGAAUCCUUUGCUCUAGAAAGUAAAGGGCUUUGGAUGUUGAAGCAGAGCAGUAGUUUGUAUUCACAGGAUUCUUAAUGCUUACUGAGGGCUCAGGAACUUUGUAGUACUGUAUACCUGCUGCUCUCGGAAGCCUUUAAAACAGAACACUUUCUUGCUUUUUGUUUUUGUGUUUUCUUUUUUUUUUUCUUACACAAAUCGCUUACCCCCUAUUUCCCUAUUUUUCUUUGUCCUUAACAAACUGUUUACACCCCCGCAGAACUGUGACGCCCGUUUGAGGCACCUUUGUUGUGUAUGAUCAAUACCUUCUUGCUUAGAAGAAGAGGAGGGUGGUAACCACCUUGUCUUCUCCGGUGUCCGCUGUUUUUCUUUAGUUUACACCACCGCCCCUUUCCCCCAACGUAUUCUACCCCCUUUAUUUUUAUUUAUUUUUUUGUUCUGUUCUUUCAAUUUGUUUUUCUAUUCCUUUCCCACCUUAUUCACAUGUCUACCUUGUCAUCUCUCCUGUCAUCUCCUCUCCUGUCCUCCCCUCUUGGCUCUUCUCCUUGAUGUGAUUAUUCUGUGUGUCUGUGCUUUUCUGUGUUUGUAUUUUUGACAACAGGGUAAGUCAACUGUGACUGAUAUUCUACUGGCUUAAUGAAAAGCUGAGUGCCAAACUUAAGUAGAGCUCAACAUCAAUCUGUACAACGUUAGCAGCUGUGUUUCCUUUUAUCUUGCAGAGUAUUCCAUCAUCUCCAAAAUAUGCACACAUGCUAACACACACACACACACACAAGCCCGUUCAGCUAUCUUAGUGAGGACCUUCAUUGACAUAAUGGUUUUCCUAGUCCCUUACCCUAACCCUAACCAUUAAAAAUUAAUGCCUAACCCUAACCCUAACCCUUACCCUAAACCUAACCAUAACCUAAUUGUAACCCUGACACUAAAACCACAUUUUGAGCCUCAAAAAGGCCUUCAAACUUGUGAGGACCGGUGAGUGUGUCCUCACAAGUGACUGUUGGUUCUCACAAGUAUAGUAGAAUGCAGAUUUCGGUCCUCACAAAGAUAGCUAGACAGGAACACAUACACACACACACUCAGAUAAAGCUACAUCCAAUGACACGUGCAGCCUAAAAAGUCACUUCAUCUAAUUCUGGUUUUGAGCAAUAUCUUGUUCACCCUCUAUUCAUGUCACAGCUUUAUUCUUUAAAAAACCUUUACUUCUGUGUUGUAGUUGUUGUUGUUAUUGAUGGUGUUCUAUGUAUCAAGACAUGUAUUAAAUCUAAUACAAUGUAAGCACUGUGCCAUACUACUCAAGCUUGGGUGCACAUGAAACAUUCUCUCAACUACCUAACUGCGACAAUGGAGUGUCUGUUUCCUCCCUGUAUUUGACUGAAUGUAAAGUCAGCCUCUAAACAAGUGUGCUGCAACAACAAUUAAGACACUUUAAGAAGGAAAUUGUAGCAUCUCUGACAGUUUAGUGACAAAGCUCAGUUCCUGCUGACAUAAACAACGCUACACUUACCUGGUAAGGUAAGCUACUGAAGAAGCAAAGCUGCAAUGGGUUAUGGGUUAGAAAUUACUUGAGUUUUGUUUGCUUGUGUUAUCAAUCCAGGUGUGCGUGCCAUGAUGGAUCAGUCUAAUACUUUACAUGGGGCUACACAGAUUGUUAGGCAAGAUGCAGGGAAAUAAAUACUUAUAGCCUUAUGCUAAUUGCUCCUGCCAUAUGUUUUGUGUAAAUUAUGAAGGUAUGUAUUUUAGUCAACAUGUGUGGACAGGACGGUCAGGCAAGGAUUCUAUUGGAGCAAAAUUAGAUCUUGUACGAGUGCCGUUUUGAUGUCAAAGAGAUUAUGGCUGUGUUGUUAUGAUAGCAGGGUUUGAGAAAGUGUUGGGUUUGAGUGUAUAGAAGACACAGUAGAACCUCCUGUGAUACUGUUUUUCUUUUUUUAAGUAUUUCUCACCUUGUAAAUGUGUAACCAAGAGCUAUAGCUUUUUAAUCCAUUACCGAGCUGACACCAGCAGUUACACUCCGAUGUCAAGCACUUAGCAAGAGUAGUCUGUUAGAACCAUCAACAUUAGAAUUCAGCAUCAGGACACUGGACAUCAGCGGAGUACAAUUAAAUAGGCAAGACCCGCCGGCACAAUGCUGUUUGUGUUUUUUCAUUUGGUCAAGGUGACUGAGCCAACUUUCCCAUACGUCUGGUCAGCUCAUGUCGUUUGCCUCUAACUGCAUCUGAGCCAUAAUUUACUUCAGCUGAAGAAAACAAAAAGAGAACUUAUGUUUUUAACAUAAACUUGCUGUGUAGAGUUUGUCUGACUUUCUUUUAACUAAAAAUCUAGAUAUAUAUAUUAUAUAUAUAUAUAUAUAUUUGUGGCGGUGGGUAGCGUUAGAUAAAAUUGUUGUUUAGCAUCUUGAUAUUUGGGGAUAUUGUUUCUCAUUUCCACUUCAUUAUAAUAAAAAAGUAUAUAAAUACUUUGUGUUAAUACAUGCUUCAUAAUCUUCACAGACCACAGGGAAAUUCCUAACACCAGAUUAUAGAUUUCCAUUCUUCAAACGUGAGACUGUAUUACAUCAAGUUAUAUAGUUCAGUGCUUAUUACAAUCAGCAGCAACAACCUAAUUGAAGUGAAACCUGGAAAAAAAGUUUAAUAUGUUUCUGUGCAUUCACAUCGCAAGCAACUCAUGUUUGUUGCCAAAAAUUGCAAUCAACACUUUAAUCUUGUUUGGCGAGCACGCUUUCACUCCCAGCUCGUUUGAUCAGAACUCUUUGAAUGCAUCAUACUUUAAUGUCCUGGCUAUCCUUUAGCACAGGGGUGUCCAACUCCAUUCCUCGAGAGCUACUGUCCUGCAGCUUUUAGACGCAUCCUUGUUCCGACAGACCUGGAUCAUGGCUUGUUAUGAGGCUGUGGUGCGGGUGUGGUCUCUGGCCCGCUGCAGAGGAGGGGUGGCACGGCGAGCUCCCGAGGUGGUGCGGAGGCGGGGCUGAACAGGUGUUUGGGACGAGUGACUGAUUGCGACUCUUUUUAUGUUUCAGUGACAGUCGAGGAGGGAGAGCAGAGUGACCACUGAGCGGGAGUGUCUGUGUCCCGUGCAUUAAGCCGAAACCACAGCAAUAAUAAAAUAAGUGUGUGUCACUAUACCCACGGUCUGUGUGUGUGUUGGGGUCCGAUGUCACACAGGCCUUUGCCAAACUUGAUGGCACGCUGAAGAGUUAAUCCAUCCAUUUGAUUCAGCUCUGUUGGAGUAGGGAUGCAUCUAAAAGCUGCAGGACAGUAGCUCUCGAGGACUGGAGUUGGACAUCCCUGCUUUAGCGUAAUUGUUCAGCCUGCAGGCUUAGCUUUGUCAUCAUGCAUAUUUUGACUCAAACCACGAUCUGUUCCAAAAGCCAAAUGAUUUUUGUGCCUAAAUGAUGAAUGACAAACCAAAAACCAGUCAGUUAAAAAAUAAAAUUAGUUCACAAAACUCUAACACUAUAUAUGAAGCUCAGACAACUGGUCAAAUGUCUGGUGACUGGCAUCACCACUACCCCUACUGCAUGUUUUUUUUUAGACUGUCACUUUUUCAAACAGAAAUGUUUGCACUCGGUGUUCGGUAUUGCCAGUGCAGUUGUGUAAAUAGCACUGGUAUUAUUGAUCCUGGGAAUAAGAACAUGUUAAUUUGAAUGAAAAAGCCUUGUUGCUACACUCCUACACUAAAAUACUAGCUCAGUAACACAGCAGCUGCUAGCGGUGUGAAUACAAAGCUUGGGUGUUUCGUUAGAAAAAUGAGCCACCGACCUUUCCUUCUUUCCCCUUUCCUCUUUGUCCUCAUGUCUAUCCAUUGCAUUGGUGCGUGUCUGCCACUGUAAAGCUGGUCUGUUUUUAAAAAAAAGAAGAGUAUCUGUGGAUAUAUUUAUUUCAUCAAAAAAGCAUAUCUAAAUAUAUAUGACACUAUAUUUCAAGAUUAAAAUCUAUGUUAUAUAAGUUUGUCUACUAAAUUUACGGUAUUAUCUCAACGAGUGUGUCUUUUUUGUCCGUUUGUCCGUCUCUCCUCGUCUCGAAACUCCUGCACCGCUCCUUAGCGCCCAGUGAAAACAGAGACCAGUAUGUAACUGUGUUUUUGCUCACUUAAGACCAACCAUCCACCUCCAUUAGCUAUGUACUAUAGCUAACAUUUAAGGGUUCAUCAAAGCGACAACAUGGAGGGGUGCGUGAGUGUCUUACGACCGUGUCACUGUAGCAGUGGUGGCAUGUGUUUGAUUACCCAGAGGGGCCUUUAUUUUUGGUUUGGGCUACAGAUUAAUGACUAAUUAAACCUUUUAUGGAUACAGCAGCUUUUACCACAACUCUCACUUGUGUAGGCGGGGGUCACAUUCUUGACCCUGUUUUGGGUUCUCCAGACCCAUGACUUUAUACCUUAGUGUACAGUGAGGUGACCUCUUUGAAAAACAAUGUAGCGAGCAGCACAGGCUUCUUUUUUUCUCCUUUUCUCUUUUGCAUCUCUUAGUAGCUGUAUUGCUAUACGAACCAUGCACAGCUACCCCUGCCAACCAACCUAUAUGGUAUAUACUGUAUAAGGACUUUGAUAUCCAUACAUAGUGUGUUGUAUCUGCCAAGCUGCUGUGCUAUAAAACAAAACUAAAAAAAAAGGAAAAAAAUAGUUACACACAACAAACACCAAGUUUCUUUCUUAAUUUUACAAAACUGGGAAAGCUAAUACGACACAUGUCAGGGGCAGAGCCAAAUCUGCUUGCUAGUGUGGUUUCCACUAAGGCCAAAAAUGGUCGAACCAGGGCUUUCCUUUGAUCAUCCUAUUUUCAAACAACACAAACGAUAUCACCACUUUUUGCCAACAAGAAAGUAAAGGCUCCAAAUGUAGAACAUCUUAUACUUUUACAUGCCUAAGAUGCAUUAAAUGUAUAGUAUUCCUCUAUGGACACUGGUAUAUUCAUAUUCCAAAGUGUGUUUAAAUGUAUUUAAAGCUUCUAACAUUUAUUGCAUUUAUUGUUCCUGAGCCCUGGCAAGCCCAGUUUUAGCCUGCAGUGGAAGGAUGUCCACAAUUUUUGCCUGUAUGCCUCUGAACAAUGUCUCAAGGCCUUGUAAUAAUACUGCUGUUUUGAGUGACUGUAUGGGUUGAUGGCUGGUUGUGCUGCACUUUAUUGUCAGCACCUCACACACACGCAAAGACAUGUGUACACACACAAACACAGACACACACCACACACACGCACAGAUGUGGUUAGAUGUUGCCAUCCCUCUGCUUCAGCCACAUCUACCACCAGUGGGGAUAAUGACAAUACUGUGCUGUACUGCAAGCAGGACAAAAAUAAAAUGAUUUUAAUAAAGAACUGAAACAAUG